AUCGGGGAGGUGGAAACCCUUCAGUGUGGUUCCGACAUGACUUGUGUGUCGUCCCCUUCAUGGAAUUAAAGCGUGUGCUUGUAUUGCAGGCUAACAACCUAAGUUAGGUACCUGGCGCUUUCAGGUAAUGUCGCAUCCACUUCCGCGUCAGUGUAAUUCACAGAGACGUUAAGUCACGGCUUUGGUAGAAAAGGAAAGAGACGAGGCGGGGGACGGGAGUGUCUGUGCAGAAGGUGCAGGAUACAGGAGCUGUCAGAAAGGGUACCGGGCCAGCUGUUUUACUUACAUGUCCGUGACAUAAGCCUUAUGAGCCGUGAUGCACCGGACAGUCUCAAUCCGGGGCGAGUCGGUUGUAAGGCGACCGGACAGCGAGAAAGACGGUCGGCCGCACCAAUGUUUUGUCCAAAUGACUGAAAUUAAAUCUGCCCAGUUAUUUACGGACUUACCGUUACUGUGAAGGAUUUAGAAAGUUGACAGGAGGAAGGGGGGCCGCUGACAGCACGAAGGAGAAAUUAAUUACCCAGCUGACGUCAGUUGACCAGGAUGAGCACCAUGCGGGGUGGGGGUGUGACGUGGAAACCCCAGCCCUGGCAGGACGGCAACGGUGGGGGCGGUGAGCCACUCUCAGACAGUGACUCCGAGGAAGAAGACUUCCCUGAUGACAGCACCACACCCCUGGGGGACUAUGUCACACAUGGGCUGAAGCAGCUCCUUGAUGCGCAGCAGCUGUGUGACGUGACUCUCUUAGUCGAGGGACAGAGGUUCAUGUGUCACAGAGUUCUCCUGGCUGCUGUCAGCCCAUAUUUCCGUGCCAUGUUCACCAGCCCGCUGGUAGAGUCCCGCCUUGCCGAAAUCAGACUAGAGGAAGUCACUCCUUCUAUUAUGGAGACAGUCAUCCAGUUUAUUUAUACCGGGAAGGCGGGACUUAGCUUGGAAACAGCGGAGGAUUUGUUUGUGGCGGCCAAUCGGCUCCAAGUGAUGCCCCUGCAGGAGCUGUGCUCGAGGUUCCUGUUCGAGCACCUGUCGGUGGAGAACUGCCUGGGCAUGUACUCGCUGGCCCACUCACAUCACGACCAGCUGCUGCUGCGCGCAUCGCUGCGCAUGGUGGCCCACCAUUUCCCCAGGGUGGCGCGCCAGCGCGACUUCCUGCUGCUGGAUCCCGGCACCCUGGGCAGCCUGCUGGCCUCUGACCAGCUGGGUGUGGAGUCGGAGGUGGAGGUGUACGACGCAGCCCGGCGCUGGGCGGAACACCAGCCACGACAGCGCUACGCACACAUGCCUGCCCUCCUGCGACACCUGCGGCCCGGCCUUCUCGCCCCUAAAGAGAGCCGGCGGCUUACCCAGGAGCUGGGCGUCGGCUCCGGCGAGGGCUUUGGAGGCCCUAUGCGUCCCCGGGAGGGCAUGUUUGAGAAGAAGAUCGUGUGCGUGGACCUGAAGCCCCGGGAGGAUGAGUCGCUGCGCGAGUCCGACUUCACAGUGGACUGCUUUGAUCCCCCCACUGGCAAGUGGAAGACGCUGGCGGCGCUGGGAUCGCUGCUCUGCCCUGGCUGCACCGCCGUGGGGAGCCGGCUUUUUGUGGCGGGGGGCAUUUUGCGGGGGGACCAGGUGUCAUCCUCCGUCCAUGAGUACGACACGGUGCGGGACCGCUGGCUGCAGCGCCCCCCGCUGGCUGAGCCACGGGCUAUGCUGGGCCUACUGGGCUGUGGGGGAACCUUGUACGCGCUGGGUGGCUGCAACCGGGCAGCGCUGCUGGAUUCCUGCGAGAGCAUGGACCUGACCGCAAUGCGCUGGAGUGCCGGGCCUCGCCUGCCGCUCCCACUGCGCUCGUUCGCAUGCGCAGCUCUGCGUGCCCGCCUUUACCUGCUCGGGGGUACCACCUUGGAGCAGAACCGAGCCAUGGUACAUUCCGGCGUGCUCAUCUUUCACACAAUCACUCGGUCCUGGUGUCGCGUGAGUCUGGAAUCUGGCGCCACCUGCCUGGCCGGAGGGGUAGCGGUUAGGGGCGGGGUUUGUGCCGUGGGCGGGUACAUGCGGGACGCCACUAACUUCCUGGAUGGUAAUUACACAUUGAUGGAUCCCCUGGAUGCCACUGGGCGUGUGCUUUUCUUCCGGGAGGGUCGGGGCUCUGGAGGGGAGCGGGAGGUGCUGGCUGGCGCCCUGGAGCGGGGCGGGGGUAGCGAUCGGGCCCCCAGCCCCGUGGUGUUCCCCGGGCUGCCGCGGCGCAUCGCAGGGGCAGGCGUUGCCCGCUGGAAGCGCAGGAUCUACGUGCUCGGCGGGGAAAACAGCACCCGCCUCUACGACAGCGUGUACUGCUGGAAGCCCGGCUGGCGCAGCUGGGUCCAGCGGCGCGAGAAGCUGCCCGUGGACACCGGGGGGGUCAGCCGAUUCGGCUGCACCACGCUGAAGUUCCCAAAAAAGCACAUCCUGGCCCGUCUGAGGCAGGCGCAAGAGGAUCACUCGCUGGAUGAAUAGCCAGGGAGCAAUCGAAGGGUUAGUCUUGGGGUUAGGCAGUGCUGAUCUUCGUAGCUGCUUAGCAGCCCUCAUCCCACCAGGUGGUAGCCUGUGCAUGGCUCAGUACUGAGUGAGAAGGCUAACCUGGUUCAUCACAAGUCAGGCAGACUAAUUGGUUUAUUCACGAGCCUAGUGCUAGGCUGAAGAUCUCUACUCACUGUGACCUGCUCCUCCAUGGCUGAGGAUCAGUGCUCCAGAGAAUAACGCCAAUGAGCCAAGCUGAACCGAAUGGAUUGUGACAUCUAAACACUGGAAUCUGAAUGUAUAAGACAGUAUUCCGGACUCAAGGUGCUGGUAUCGUGGCUUCAGACCCCUUCGCUUACAGCUUUGUGCACUAAGAGUAAAUGGUUGAAUGUGUGGUGGAAACCUAUUAUCUAAUGCAGAUUAGAUUCACUUUAAUCCAAUGUGUAUAUACAGUAUUUAUACAUUAAAAAUGUAAAGUACAUCGUUAACAGAUGCUACUGUGAUUAUUAUUUUUCUCUGCCAGGUAACUGUUCCAUGUAAAUAUGCAGUAGUUCACCGUAGCAGAGAAAUUACACCUCAUUUUUGACCAGUCAUCAAAUUCUCUAGCUCUGUCUAAAGUUGUGUUCUAGAAUAUUUUUAAAGUAAAAUAAUAUUAUAAUCAUGGUUAACAACCAUUAUUAUGUCUUUUUUGUAAUACUUUCGGGAAUGUUCACUUUUUAAGUAGCCUUUAGUAUUUAAUUGUAGUUAAUUUCUUGAAAUGGGAAAUAAGUUGGAUUAAUUAUUAGUAAUCAUAAUUAUGAUGCAUACAGAUGUAUAAAAUGGACUGAUUUUUUUUCCUCUUAAACUCUUUAGUUUAAGUGGGGAGACAGCGAUAUUAGAAUCGUGUUUAAUAGUAUAUGUUCUACUUGACAGAAGUCUACGUGACAACGCUCCCCCUAGUGGUCACCACAUGCAUAGGAGCUGUAAAAUUCCUUAGGAAUUCACACUCAAGCUCAGUUGUCAAAAUCACUGCAACGGAGGAUUCUGUUCUUUGAUUUGCACUUCCUGGUCUUUUUCAACCAUGGAGGCUUUUCAGGUCAACAAGAAUACAUUUUUGGGGAUACCGGAAGCACCAUUUUUAGCUAAGCAACUUUAAUGAAUGAGCGAAUGAAUUAAUAACCAAAGGAGCUUGCGAAUCGGCCACAGCAACAUCGAGAGGUUGUGUUUUUGUUGUGCAGGACUGAAAUAUUAGGAAAAGUUCAGUUUCCUUUUUCUUUGUAAACUUGCCUGAUCAAUGCGGGUCAUUAUCUGUAAAUGUCUAAGAACUGUGGAGUGUCAUGUCCUGAUUUUAUCAUCACUCUCUCCGAACUUGACCGUAGCUUUAACUGUUUGAUUGCUCUUUAAUAACUUUCGAGAUCUCUGGGGUACCUCUGAUUGUUUCUGGGCCACAGAGUAGCUGUGUCUGUAUGGGGUUCUGAGUGUGUCCAGAUUAGACUGGAAAAUGUCUAAAGCGGGACUUGGAUCCCGCGUUUUGACAAAUGUAUGACUGGAAAUUACCCUCUCGCCUUGUUUAUGGUUAAUACUAGAGGAAUUAUUAUCAAACGGCUGGUAACUUUUGCCCUUGAACGCCAGCAUUGUCAAAGGGACUGAUUGUACAGGUGGUUAUGGCUGAAUGCGUUUUAAUUCUUUUAUUUUAAGUGAUAUUUUCUUCCCUGACUUUCGGCCAAUAAAAAUAUCAAUGUG